AAGAGUCCCUGAGUGGGUUCAUGAAGCUGUGUCGCCUGACACCACGUGGUUACCACAUUGAAAUGUCGUCACACUCCGGUUUGAAUAUAAAAUUCCCUCCAAGUUUCCCGCCGGACGCUUAUCCGCGGGCACUUCCGGUCCCACCCACAUUUUCGUGUCGCUUCCGGGUGGCUACACAAGACUCAUCCAGCGAGCCGUCGUUCUCUAGCGCCGAAACAAAAGUUACUAAACGGUUACGCUUCCACAACACGUUCAACGAAAAGACAUGCAUAUCAAAACAGGUACAUGGGAAGCCAGUACCACGGUGUGUGAGUCCGAUUCCCUGUGCGAUCCCGCCGCCGUCCUCGUCGCCGCCGCCAACUCCGAGCCGCACAUCCGCAACCGCCGCCUGUCCCCCGGCUCGGGCAACUGCGGAGGCGGAGGCGGAGGCUGCGUCUCCGCGGGCGACCAGCCGCCCCGGCAGCUCUCGCCCGAAGGCGCCCCGACCGGCCACGCCCACGCCUUCCGCCGGGAAAAGGACCGCAAGCAGCACAAAGGCCUCCGCCUCCGCCGGGACGGCCAGAAGGGCGUCGGCCGGGCGAAGCUCGUCCAGAAGGACCGGUGGGCGGAGGACGGCCUGUCUCUGCUCAAGCCCCCGCCCGCCUUCCCGGUGCAGGACAGCCCCGCCAAGCUGCAGCCGGCCGUGAGCUACGCCUCCAAGGUGAAGGCGGGGCCGGCGAGCGGCGGGCUGGAGGAGGACCGCCCCGCCAUCGGCGUGCUGCUCCAGAACCAGUGGGGUCUCAGUUUCAUCAGCGAGGCGAGGCCGGCGCCCGAUGCGCCCGGCCCGCGCCCCGCCCCCCCCCCUCAGCCCACAGACGGCGGACAAUCACCAGACCUCCAGUUCCAGGCAGUUCUCACAGUCCAGCCUCCGGAAGACACGCCUCCUCCUCCCGCCGCCACGCGCCCAGAGGGGGACGCCGGCAACGGGAAGCUGCUGCUGAGUUGUCGCCACCUUGUGGAGGCUCUGAACUACCACAGUCGAGAGUGGAACGCUGUCUGCAACAAACAGAAAAAAGUUCCAAAAAAGGUCGUGUGGUACAAGGACACCAAGGAGCGCCCGGCCUAGCGGUGCGACCCCAACACACACACAUGCACAUGAAACGCGUCGAGAUGGACGGAUGUACGAGUCCCUCACACACUGCACUCAGGAUGACGUCUUCACGCAGAGCCACAGCAGACACUUUGGACUAACUCCUUUGAGAUCUUACAGCAAUGGACUUUUUUUAACGCCUUACAGAAAAGCCUGCCUUAAUUAAUCACACCUGUGUUCAUCGCCUCGUUACCUUUUAGCUUGUAUGUGUAGAGCUGGUCUUCUUUCCGUAAGAAAAAAAGAAUAAAUCUGAGCUGUAAUUUAAUUUCCCCCCUUUUGGAAGCUGCGGUCCGUUUCCUCGCCGUUUCUCGUCCUGUGAAGCGAGUGGUCAAUCAAGCACUUUGAAAAAAAUAAUCUGUUGUGACCAAUUCCUGUGUAGAAACCCUCAGCGAGUCGUUUCCUUCUCAUUGGAAACAGGAAGUGCGUCUUCAGUUUACAGAGCGCCCGGAGGCCCGCCGCCGCCGCCCGCUCCUUUCUUUGGAUGUGACUCGUGAAUCCAGAAGGGAUCUUACCAUGUUCAGUAUGUUGAUUUUUUUGGAAAAGAAAAUUUAUUGAAUAAAAAAAAAUGUACACUGGAGAUAGGAGGAUUGUAAGUGAACAGUAUUGCUUAAUAAAAAUGAAUAAACUUGAA